UUUUUAACUUCGUGCCUGCGUUGAGAUGGCGAGAGAUGGUAGCCAUGCCUCAUUCGUCAUUUUUUAUGCAAUCCAAAGUUUCUGUCCUUUUACCCGCCCCACACAAUCUUUAUUUUUCAACGUAAUCACCGCCAUUUUCAGCGGGAAUUUCCGCAACCCUCGAAAAACGAAAAUUUGGAAAAAUCCAUUGUUUCUUCGUCUCAGCAACGAUGGCUUCUUGAGUACAGAAAUAGAUGUUGGACACGAGUCAAAUUGAGCCAGGUGUUUAUGUACUGAAUUUGAUGUUUGAAGAUUUUAAUUGAGCUGUCUGUAAAGCUAGUACUAUUUUGAGGCUCUUUCGGUUUUCCCUUUCCCGGAGUAAAGUUAACUCGAGGAACUGAACGCAAUUUUUCGUGUUCAUUUAGUUAGUCAUCCUGAAUUUUACGGAUUUGUUCCCGGAUUUAGUUGGUUUUUAUGGCUCAGCCCCAUUCGAAGCAACCAGGAAGUCAGAAUUGUAACCUCGGGGAUUCUCACUUGAGAUCUUUAUCACAAUCCACAUUUUAUGGUACCAAUUGUUUGCCCCCUUUAAGCCCCUUGCCUCCUAGUGAAUCGUCAUUGGUUUCAUCAAACUCUAAUCUCAAGGGCGCAUCAAUGGAGGAAAUAGAUGUCAGUUCCCAAGGGCCGCCAUUUGUGCCUUCUUUUCCAAGGGAAAGCCUAUUUCGUGGCAAUGAUUGUCUGAUCUCUCGCAAAGGGCAUCGCCGCUCAAACAGCGAUGUUCCAUUAGGAUUCUCGGCAAUGAUCCAGUCUUCACCUCAGUUGCUGCCAAUAAGUGGCCAGGGAGUAAUGGGGAGAACAAUUAUCAAGAGAGAGACUUUAGGAAAUGAUAAGCCUGUUAGGAUGAAGGGAUGUGAAACGGAUUCAGCUAGUGAUGGUAGGAGCAAUGCUGAGGGGACAGGUGAAAGGAAAUCAAAGGGAGAGGUUAUAGACGACUUGUUUAAUUCGUUGAUGAAUAUGGAUCGUGUGGAUGGAGUUAACUCUUCUGCUAUGGAAAAUAAAGAUAAGGACAACAUUGUUAGUGGUAUGACGAAUAAUGGUGGUGACAACAGCAAUAUUGAAUUGGAAAGAGUCUCGAGGCAUGAGACAAAUUCUAGGGAAAGAGUCAAAAGGAGUGCUCCAGGAGAUAUUGCUCCCCCAGCCCGACACUGCAGGAGUCUUUCGAUGGAUAGUGCGUUUGGAAACUUCCACUUAGGCGAAGAGUCACCAAAGUUAUCUACCUGUCCAGGUAAUUGGGGGAGUCUGCUUUCACCAAACAAUUCAGUGAGUGAAAACCCAGCUAAGUUCAACUUGGACUUUGGAAGUGGUGAAUUUAGUGAAGCUGAGCUGAAAAAGAUUAUGGCAGAUGAAAGUCUUGCAGAAAUUGCUUCAUCAGACCCAAAACGUGCAAAGAGGAUAUUGGCUAAUCGUCAGUCAGCUGCUCGUUCCAAGGAGCGGAAGCUGCGUUACAUCUCGGAAUUGGAACACAAGGUGCAAACUCUUCAAAUGGAGGCAACCACGCUGUCAUCCCAACUUACUGUUCUACAGAAAGACUGUGCUGAGCUAACAGUUCAGAACAAUGAAUUGAAAUUCCGGCUUCAAUCUCUGCAGCAACUUAGAGAUGCACUGCACGAUACGUUAACUGCAGAAGUUCAGCGUCUAAAGCUUGCAAACACGGAGCUCAUGGACGAGGGAAGAGCAUCUAGUUGCACGAGCCAGCAGGGACAGAUGAAGCACCACAUCUUUCAGAUGCAGCGCCAGCAGCCCAAUCAAAUUCAAUGAUUAUCAGUUUCAGUAUUCACUGGCAAGACCACAGCUUCAGCUUCUCCUACCUCGGCAUAGUCUCGUGCAGGAGGGGCCAAUCCCGAGUUUAGUUAAAGUUAUUUUUUUCAGAAAUACAAUGCAGUGUUUUAGCUUGUUUUAGUGGAACGCAUCUAGCAGAAGUGUGUGCUCAUUUUGUUACAUAUAUAUUUCAAAUUACACAGUGAAUAAUCGUUUUGUCCAGUGGACUGGUUUAUAAUACAUAAUGGGAACUGCAGUUUGACA